AUGGAAUUGAUCAUACCAACCAACCGCCUCCUCAUCGCCAAUAUAGACACCAGCUGUGCUCAACCCAUCAAGCUAGCUAGAGACACCAAAGUGCUGAGCAGGACCAGCUCCUCAGGACAGUGCAUGCAGGUGAGCAUGGAGUUCAUCGAUGACAUGAGCUGCUCCAGCAGGUGCAACAUGAAGGGUCCUAUGCUUGCGGGUGAUGUGUUCACCCCGAUGGAAUCCAAGCUACAAGCCCAGAAGGCUGCACUGGGGCUGUUGCUGGUUCUCACAUGUCUGGUCAACAAUUUGAUCAGCAGGGGCGAAUUGUGA